UGGUUGGGCCGUACCGGGGAUUCCGAUCUCCGUGCGGCCCCGGGAGGGGGGCGUGGUGGAGGACGAAGGCGACGGUGGCAAAAUCGGCGACGGCGACGGCGGCGGCGGCGGCGAUGGCGAAGGGGAGGGACGCGCGGUGGGAGUAGAUACUGUAGUCGUGCGUGCUCCGGACCAGCAGCAGGUAGCGGCGCGGGGAAGGAAGCUACUGGUGGGGGACAACCCAGAUCCCUCGCCCGCGACUCUUCUACUCGCGCUCGCACGCCCUCGUCGGCCGCGCCGCCGCCGCGGUGAUGGAGUCGCCGCCGGAGUCCUCCUCCUCCUCCCCGGUCCUCCUCAACAUCGGGGGCAAGAGGUACGCGACCACCGUCGAGACGCUCACGCAGCGGGAGCCCAGCUCCAUGCUCGCCGCCAUGUUCAGCGGGAGGCACACGCUCCCCCGGCACCCGGACACGGGCAUGGUGUUCGUGGACAGGGACGGGAAGCACUUCAGGCAUGUCCUCAACUGGCUCAGGGACGGCGCCGUCCCAGACAUGUCGGAGUCUGAGUACCAGCAGCUCCUGCGAGAAGCGGAGUACUACCAGUUGCUCGGCUUGGCUGAUUGCAUAAAUGAUAGAUUGGGUUGGAAAAAUGAUGAGAAUUUCUCGGAGGCCGAAUUGACACGCAAAGAUGUGAUCAAGUGCAUCCAAGCUCCGAGAGUCAGAUUUCGUGGUGUAAAUCUAUCUGGCCUUGAUCUAUCCAAACUUGAUUUAUCAGAGGUGGACUUCAGCUAUGCAUGCAUAAAGAAUGCCAAUUUUUCCUCUGCUUAUCUUCGUAAAGCAAAGUUCAGGCUGACAGAAGCUACUUGUUCUUCAUUCCAAAGUGCAAAUUUACAUGAGUGUGAGCUUAUUGGAGCAAAUCUUGAAGGAUCUGUUCUAGAUAAAGCAAACCUUCAAAGUGCAAACCUACAGGAUGCAUGCUUAAAGCAAUGUUGCUUCAUUGAAACGGAUCUUCGUUCUGCUCAUCUACAGGGUGCUAAUCUUAUGGGCGCCAACUUGAGUGGAGCUAAUCUUGAAGGGGCCAAUCUCAAGGGAGCUAAGUUGGCCGGUACAAACUUGGAAUGUGCAAAUCUUCAGCGAGCCUACUUGCGAGAAGUUGAUUUGCGCGAAACUCAUUUAACUGGUGCUAAGCUUGGAGGUGCAAAUCUGCUUGGAGCUAUCAGAUAAUACCAAGGGAAGAAGCUUAUAUCUUCUACAUUUACAAUUAAACUGAAACUGGUGCUUUGGUACCUCGAACAUUAUCUUGCCUGCACCAACGGUUUGUUCAUGAGUAAAUAGUUUCUUGCUACCGAUUCUGCAGAUAGUCAUACAGCUUUAGUCGGCGGUUGUACAUAUACCCUUGUCACAUUCCUCUGAUUCGAAAAUUCGGUGAUGAACUGUUGGAUACAGCUAGUUGCUUAGUAUCAUCAUGGAUAGAAGCUGUUCUAGUAGGAAAAUUUCCUGCAUACUUUGGGAUAUUGUUGUGAACAAUGACUGAAAAUUUUAGUGGGAAAUAUAUCUUCGUUAAUGUGCA